GCCGCCCCCUCAGCCUGGCCCGGCCCGGCCCGGGCCUUGCUUUCCCCUCCCUGGGUGUCCGUUUCUCGUUGCUUUUCCGGACGUACUCGGAGAAUAAACUGAAAACAGCCGCGGACUCCGGGAACCAUUUGAGGUGGAACUGCGAGGGUUGCGUCGGAGGGCCGCACUGACAUCCUCUCCCAGGGCAGCGUCUUUAAUGGUCGGCAGGGCUCCUGGCUGAGGCUUCAGCGUUCAGUGCCUGGUCCCCGGCUCGAAGAUUCACCUCGUCACCAACCAUUUGCAGCUCUCUCUCCUCCGUCUUUGGAGAACCAACGCCCGCCCCCCGCCACCUACCACCCACCCCGCCCCUGAGGAACUGUGUUUCGCUCCUUGAAGACUCUGGAGGAUGAAAGUCAUCACUUGCGAGAUCGCCUGGCACAACAAGGAGCCGGUGUACAGCCUGGACUUCCAGUAUGGAGCCGCCGGGAGGAUCCACCGGCUGGCCUCCGCGGGGGUGGACACGGCUGUCAGGAUCUGGAAGGUAGAGAAAGGACCAGAUGGAAAGGCCAUUGUUGAAUUUUUGUCCAAUCUUGCUCGCCAUACCAAAGCGGUCAAUGUCGUGCGUUUUUCUCCAAAUGGGGAAAUUUUAGCAUCGGGAGGGGAUGACGCUGUCAUUCUGCUCUGGAAGGUGAAUGAUAACAAGGAGCCGGAACAGGUUGCCUUUCAGGACGAGGAUGAGGCUCAGCUGAACAAGGAGAACUGGACUGUUGUAAAAACCCUGAGGGGCCACUUAGAAGACGUGUAUGAUAUUUGCUGGGCAACUGAUGGGAAUUUAAUGGCUUCUGCCUCUGUGGACAACACGGCCAUCAUGUGGGACGUUAGUAAAGGCCAGAAGAUCUCCAUUUUUAAUGAACAUAAAAGUUACGUACAAGGAGUAACCUGGGAUCCUUUGGGUCAAUAUGUUGCUACCCUGAGCUGUGACAGGGUCCUGAGAGUGUAUGGCACACAGAAGAAGCGCGUGGCUUUUAACGUCUCCAAGAUGCUGUCUGGAGUGGGGGCCGAAGGAGAGGCGAGAAGUUACCGGAUGUUCCAUGAUGACAGCAUGAAGUCGUUCUUCCGUAGACUGAGUUUCACUCCUGAUGGAUCUUUGCUCCUCACACCAGCUGGGUGCGUGGAAUCCGGUGAAAAUGUAAUGAACACGACUUAUGUUUUCUCCAGGAAAAACCUUAAAAGGCCCAUCGCCCACCUUCCGUGUCCUGCGAAGGCAACACUCGCUGUCCGCUGCUGCCCUGUCUACUUUGAGCUGAGGCCGGUGGCGGAAGCAGAAGCGGGCGUGGAGCUGGUGAGCCUGCCCUACCGCCUGGUGUUCGCGGUGGCUUCCGAGGACUCAGUGCUUCUCUAUGACACCCAGCAGCUGUUCCCAUUCGGCUACGUGUCCAACAUCCAUUACCACACCCUGAGCGACAUUUCCUGGUCCAGCGACGGGGCCUUCCUGGCCAUCUCUUCCACAGACGGUUACUGCUCCUUCGUGACGUUCGAGAAAGAUGAGCUUGGAAUCCCCUUGAAAGAGAAGCCGGUUCUGAGCGUGCGAACUCCUGAUACAGCAAAGAAAACCAAGAGUCAGACCCCCUCGGGGUCUUCGCCAGGACCCAGGCCAGGGGAGGGGACCCCCACCGGCAGAGUCCAGGACCCCAACAGUCCCUCUGCCACCCCCCCACAGGUGAAACAGUCUCCAGCCCCCCCGGCGGCCAAGGACACCCCCGCGGCCGCUCCCGGUUCCAGGGUCUCCCCGGCAGGACCCCCUAAAGAGAAGCCCCUGCAGCCCAGCAGUCAGAACACCAAGGCCCAGCCAUCCCGGAGGGUCACCCUGAACACCCUGCAGGCCUGGAGCAAGCCCACACCCCGGAGAAUAAACUUAAUACCCUUAAAGACAGAUUCUCCACCGAACUCCAUAUCAACCCCCAUAACUUCCAGCCCUUCCACAGAGGAAAUUCAAUCAGCCUCAGAGAUGCUUGCAGACCCUCAGGUCAGCCCCCCGGAGCUGAAGCGGCCCCGAUUCGGUGAGCACGGAGAAGGACCCCAAUGAGACCUGUCCUGUGCCUGAAGGUACCUGAGACCAGUGGCAUCCGACGGAAAUGGAUUUCAGUAACGGAAGAUACACGUGGACUGGUCUCCAGAGAUAUGUCGCCUCUUGUAUUUAGGAUACAUUUUUACCUCAGAGAUGUGAACAUCUUAAUAGACUACAUUCUCUUUUUCUUGAAUUCCUGAGAUGGGAGCCCUGUGUCAUCCAUGGGGUUGCAAAGACUCGGAUAAGACUGAGCAACUUUCACUUUCAGUGCUACCUAGUGUGAAAAUGAGUGACUCUCGCCUCGGAAUAUUUGUAUAAAAAUGCAGACACUUGACGGUGGAUUCUCCUACAGCCAGAAUUAGAGGAGACCGUACUUUGAGAAGGUUUAUUCCAUUUAGGUUUUAGUGUAUUGGAUGAUUUGAUCAACUUGGCUCCUAAAUAGUUGAUUAACUUUUGGAAGUUUGUUAUGUUUGCUUUCAGGUUUUAACGGUAAUAAUGCUCUUUCUAGAAAGAUAGUAGACUAGAGUGAAUUAGGACAAAAGAAACUGGCUUGGAGGUGGAAAUCACCCAUCUCACCACCAAAAGGAAACCCUUGCUACUGUUUCAGCAUAUUUCCUUUAAAAAAAAUUUUUUUUUAAUGUUAUUUUUGGGAGGAGGAAGGGUUCCAAUCUCACUUUAUAUGCAGUUUGGUUAACACAUA